CUGAGAAGCGAGGAGACGUGACGUCACGACAAUCACAUGGCUUGUGAUCAGCUGGCUGACUGAUUGUUGGCUUCCAGGUUGCGACUUCCGGGUUGUGAGUACGCCGCUCGCUCUCUCGCUCGCUCGGGUUUCUUUGCUCAACAAAUCAGAGUGAUAUACUUUGAAAUUUGAAAGGACUUCACAUAUCGAGAGGCUGAAAUUGGCAGUGUUUCAGGACCUUUCAAAUUCAACAAGGCGGAGUCGGUCGCGGCCGCAGCCAUGAACGUCUCGGACAGCGAGGACAGCGCCUACACGGAGCGCACGGCGCUCGUCCAAUCGGAGAAUCCGGCGGUGCCGUCCUACCGACCGGACCGGCGCCCGUCCCAAAGGGCUGGCGAUGACGAGGAGCUGAGCCUCAAGUACGGCGCCAAGCACGUCAUCAUGCUCUUUGUGCCCGUCACGCUGUGCAUGCUGCUGGUGGUCGCCACCAUCAAGUCGGUGCACUUCUACAGCGACAAGACGGACCAGCAGCUCAUUUACACGCCGUUCACGGAGAACACGUCGUCGGUGGGUCGGCGCCUCCUCAACUCUGUCCUGAACGCCGUCGUCAUGAGCAGCGUCAUUGUGGUCAUGACCGUCUUCCUGGUCUUCUUGUACAAGUACCGCUGCUACAAGCUGAUCCACGGCUGGCUCAUCCUGUCUUCCCUCUUGCUGCUCUUCUGGUUCAGCUUCAUGUACCUCAGCGAGGUGCUCAAGACUUACAACGUGGCCAUGGACUACCCGACGGCUGGCGUGCUGAUCUGGAACUUUGGUGCGGUGGGCAUGACCUGCGUCCAUUGGAAGGGUCCGCUGCCGCUGCAGCAGGCCUACUUGAUCGUGGUCAGCGCGCUCAUGGCGCUCGUCUUUGUCAAGUACCUGCCCGAGUGGUCGGCCUGGCUCAUCCUGGCGUCCGUCUCCAUCUACGACUUGGUGGCCGUCCUAAGUCCAAAGGGUCCGCUGAGGAUGCUGGUGGAAACGGCGCAGGAGCGCAAUGAGCCCAUCUUCCCUGCCCUCAUCUACUCGUCCGCCAUGGCGUGGACUGUGGCGACAGCGAGUCCCGAGGACGGCGAGCCGGGACGUGAGGCAGAUGAGGAGGCGGAGCCGAGCAGCGAGGGUGCGACGGAAGAUGAGCAGGAGGAGCGUGGCGUGAAACUCGGCCUGGGCGACUUCAUCUUCUACAGCGUCCUGGUGGGCAAAGCGGCGGCCAGCGGCGCCGACUGGAACACCACCGUGGCCUGCUUUGUCGCCAUCUUGAUCGGUCUGUGCGUGACGCUGUUGCUGCUGGCCAUCUUCAAGAAAGCGCUGCCGGCGUUGCCCAUCUCCAUCGCCUUCGGCCUCAUCUUCUACUUUGCCACCGACUCGCUGGUGCGACCUUUCAUGGACGACCUGGCCGCGCACCACUUUUAUAUCUGACGGCAAGUCCGUCGGAGCGCACAUUUGAGCCCCGGAAGCUUUUUCCCUUGGAGACGCGCCGGGUGGACACGGUCCAAUAAAAAAAAGCAGCUCUCGCUACCACUUGAA